CUCUCUGUUCGAGUCUGAAACAGUAUCGCAGCAUUUUCCUCCACCAUCUGUGAGGCAAACAGCAGGUGCAGGGACUCUGUACGCUGCAAGAGGACAUUCUGGGACCCGAGGACUGAGGAGACUGGAAGCUCAAGAGGUCCCUUGACUCUUCUUUCUCAUGACUUGGUAAAACCCAAGGUCGUUGAGGAAAUCAGCAUCUGUUUCUCGUGACAGCUCGCACCAAGGUGCCUCCUGUGGGUCACCAGAACCUGCACAGUUUCUGACUGUGGAAACCUAUAGGCCACAGGAACCUCAAGGCUCCUUGGGCUCAUACGUGACCUGGUCUUGAAGAGUCACUGAGCCUCUGCCUGAAAGCAACCUAACCCUCAGGAGGGCAACUCAAUGGCAGAGAAGGGUACAUCUUGGGGGGCCAUGCGGCGUUUCUGGUCACUGCCAAGAAAGCGCCGGGGAGCUUCAGGGCGCCACAAGCCAGAUGAAAUCAUGCACCAGGACAUCGUCCCACUCUGUGCUGCGGACAUCCAGGAGCAGCUGAAGAAGCGCUUUGCUUACCUGUCUGGUGGGCGGGGGCAGGACGGAAGCCCAGUUAUCACCUUUCCAGACUACCCAGCCUUCAGCGAGAUCCCGGACAAGGAGUUCCAGAAUGUCAUGACCUAUCUCACCAGCAUCCCCAGUUUGCAAGAUGCUGGCAUUGGAUUCAUUCUGGUCAUAGACCGAAGGCAGGACAAAUGGACCUCCGUGAAGGCGUCGGUCCUGCGAAUAGCCGCAUCUUUCCCAGCAAACCUGCAGCUCGUCCUUGUGCUUCGCCCAACGGGCUUUUUCCAGAGGACUCUCUCUGACCUCGCCUUCAAGUUCAACAGAGAUGACUUUAAGAUGAAGGUGCCGGUCAUGAUGCUGAGCUCAGUGCCAGAACUACACGGCUACAUUGAUAAGUCACAGCUGACCGAGGACCUCGGGGGGACCCUGGACUACUGCCAUUCCAGGUGGCUGUGCCACCGCACGGCGAUCGAAAGCUUCGCCCUGAUGGUGAAGCAGACAGCUCAGAUGCUGCAGGCCUUCGGGACCGAGCUGGCCGAAACAGAACUGCCCAACGAUGUCCAAUCAACAAGCUCGGUGCUGAGCACACACACGGAGAAGAAGGACAAAGCAAAGGAGGAUCUGCAGCUGGCACGGAAAGAGGGGAACAGCAUCCUUGAGAGCCUCAGGGAGCCACUGGCUGAAAGCACUGCCCACAGUGUAAACCAAGACCAGCUGGACAAUCAGGCCACAGUGCAGAGGCUCCUGGCUCAGCUGAAUGAAACGGAGGCCGCCUUUGACGAGUUCUGGGCAAAGCAUCAGCAGAAGCUGGAACAGUGCCUGCAGCUGCGGCAUUUUGAGCAGGGUUUCCGGGAGGUCAAAACUACCUUGGAUACCAUGUCCCACAAGAUAGCCACCUUCACUGACGUUGGUAACAGCCUGGCACAUGUGCAACACCUGCUGAAGGACCUGGCCAGCUUCGAAGAGAAGUCUAGCGUGGCUGUAGACAGGGCCCGAGCCCUGUCACUGGAGGGUCAGCAGCUGAUUGAGAACAAGCACUAUGCUGUGGACUCCAUCCACCCUAAGUGUGAGGAGCUCCAGCACCUCUGCGAUCACUUCACCGCUGAGAUCAGCAGGAGGAGAGGCUUGCUCAGCAAGUCCCUGGAGCUACACAGCCUCUUGGAGACGUCCAUGAAGUGGUGCGAUGAGGGCAUCUUCCUGCUGGCCUCGCAACCUGUGGACAAGUGUCAGUCCCAGGAUGGUGCUGAGGCAGCCCUCCAGGAGAUCGAGAAAUUUUUGGAGACUGGUGCAGAAAAUAAGAUUCAAGAACUCAAUAAAAUUUACAAGGAAUAUGAGUGCAUCCUCAACCAGGACCUACUGGAACACGUGCAAAAGGUCUUUCAGAAGCAAGAAAGUAUGCAAGAGAUGUUCCACCGCAGGCAGGCCAGCCUGAAGAAGCUGGCGGCCAAGCAGACACGGCCUGUGCAGCCCGUGGCCCCACGGCCAGAGGCACUCACCAAAUCACCCUGCCCCUCCCCAGGCUCCUGGAGAGGAUCUGAGAACUCUAGCUCUGAGGGCAGUGCACUCCGUAGAGGGCCCUACAGGAGAGCCAAGAGUGAAAUGAGUGAGACCCGGCAGGGCCGUGCCAGCUCCACAGGGGACGAGGAGGAGAGCCUAGCCAUCCUGCGCAGGCAUGUGAUGAAUGAGCUCCUAGACACGGAACGGGCCUACGUGGAGGAGCUGCUCUGUGUACUAGAGGGCUAUGCUGCAGAGAUGGACAACCCCCUGAUGGCACACCUCAUUUCAGCAGGCCUGCAAAACAAGAAGAACAUUCUGUUUGGAAACAUGGAGGAGAUUUAUCACUUUCAUAACAGGAUAUUCCUGCGGGAGCUAGAGAGCUGCAUAGACUGCCCGGAACUGGUGGGGAGGUGCUUUCUGGAGAGGAUGGAGGAGUUCCAGAUCUACGAGAAGUACUGUCAGAACAAGCCACGAUCUGAGAGCCUGUGGAGACAGUGCUCUGACUGUCCCUUCUUCCAGGAGUGCCAGAAGAAGUUGGACCACAAACUGAGCCUUGAUUCCUACCUGCUGAAGCCAGUGCAGAGAAUAACUAAGUACCAGUUGCUGCUUAAGGAAAUGUUGAAAUACAGCAAGAACUGUGAGGGGGCAGAGGACCUACAGGAGGCACUGAGCUCCAUCCUGGGCAUCCUCAAGGCAGUGAAUGACUCCAUGCACCUCAUCGCCAUCACUGGCUACGACGGUAACCUGGGUGAUCUGGGGAAGCUGCUGAUGCAAGGUUCCUUCAGUGUAUGGACAGACCACAAGAAGGGCCACACCAAGGUCAAGGAGCUGGCCAGAUUCAAGCCCAUGCAGCGGCACCUUUUCCUGCAUGAGAAGGCUGUGCUGUUCUGCAAGAAGAGGGAGGAGAAUGGGGAGGGGUAUGAGAAGGCCCCUUCCUACAGCUACAAGCAGUCAUUGAAUAUGACUGCUGUUGGCAUCACAGAGAAUGUGAAGGGUGAUGCCAAGAAGUUCGAGAUCUGGUACAACGCAAGAGAGGAGGUUUACAUCAUCCAGGCACCAACCCCUGAGAUUAAAGCAGCAUGGGUGAGUGAGAUUCGGAAGGUGCUGACCAGCCAGCUGCAGGCCUGCCGGGAAGCCAGCCAGCACAGGGCCCUGGAGCAGUCCCACAGCCUGCCUUUGCCCACACCAUCCAACACCAGCCCCUCAAAAGGGAACACAAGGAAUGUCAAGAAGUCAGAAGAAAGAAAAACGGACCCCCUGAGCCUGGAAGGAUAUGUGAGCUCAUCGUUGCCGAAGCCCCCUGAGAAAGGCAAAGACGAUGCGGUCCCUAGUUCUACCUCUGAAAGCUCUGCGCUUUCCAGAAAGCGCUUCACGCUGCAGGGCUUGGCUAACCUCAAAGGUCAGAAAGCCUCUCCGACCAGUCCUGACAAAAAAGCUAAGCGGCACGAAGUAAAGAGCGACCCGACUCCCUUUGGUUUGCGAGGCUGGAGCAAAACAUCCCACUCCCUGGAAGCCCCUGAGGAGGACGGAGGUUGGUCCAGUGCUGAGGAGCUUGUCAAUUCAUCUGAUGCAGAGGAAGAUGGAGUGGGCCCCAAGAAGCUGGUUCCUGGUAAAUACACAGUGGUGAUGGACGAUGAGAAAGGGGGCCUUGACACCCUUGCUGUGAGGAGCGGGGACAUGGUAGAGGUGGUGGAAGAGGGCGCAGAGGGGCUCUGGUAUGUCCGGGACCUGACCAGCAGCAAGGAGGGAUGGGUGCCAGCCAGCAGCCUUUCCACCCUCCUGGGCAAAUCCAGUUCAGCCCAGUGUCUGAGCAGCUCAGACUCCAGCCCAGGGUCAGCCGUGCUGAGCAACUCCUCCAGCUGCAGCGAGGGCUGCCCCACUCCCUUCUCCGACCUCCAGGGGUAGUGGCCAGGCCUUCGUGGUGGAUGCUCGAGGCCACCGUGCAGUAGACCAGCAUGCAAAUCUCUAAGUUUUCUUUUGCUUGGGCUUGCUUAGUUUGGGAGGGGAUGGUGCUCCAAGACAUCUGAAAGCAGGAGGACUUUAUCAACCCAUGGGCUUCAGAGGACACUGGGCCUUGACGCCAAGACUCCACUGCAUGUGCAGAGGCCAGGAGACAACAGUCCACCAAAGCUUCUGCAGAAAACCCAGAGUGGACGGAGGAGGGGCUAUGGGUCAGAAAACCCCGUGCAGAAAGGUGGGGGGCAGCCAACAGCCUCUGCUAUGCAGCCUCUCCACACUGUCCUGACCUCUCUGAUGUGGUGCUUUCUGCGGGAAUGCCAUCCUAAGGAAGCCGCUUCCAACAGGAGUGAACAGUUUGCUACCAACAGCCUAAGGAGGGGUCGGGGGACUCUUGUCCUCUUGUCUUUUAUAAGUUUUUGAUUUUUUUUUUUAAACAGGGAUUAAUCCCAUGGCCAUUUUUUUGUGGUACUCUGGCCUCAAAUCUUUACCAAGAAUCACUGUGUUUACAUGAAAUGACAAUUUGAUACUGUAUUUGAUAUAAAACUAUUUUUUGUUACUGGGGUUUACAUUGAAGCACGUUGUUUAUACCACUAAGUGAUUUCUGGGGCGUUCUCACUGAGACCUGGCACCCCCUGGAGCACAUCUGUCACAGGUGAACGAAAACCUGCUAAGUCAGGUGGUGUCUCCAUGACCAAAAGCGGUUGGAAACCACUGAAAUUCCUUCAUCUACAUAGGUUUCAUUUUCACAAGAAAUGCAAAGUAUAAUUUAAAAUAUUAACCUUCUUUUCUACAAUAAAAAGGGGACUCUCCAUUUUUUAAAGAACUUCAUUAAACUAGGAUAUUUUUAUUAUUUUUAAAGAAAAUGUAAAGAUCCAUGCUGACAGCCAUCCUCAGCAACACAGACACUGGCUGCAACCCAGCAUCAGGGUAGGCCCCGCUUCCUCUCCCCAGCACUACCUGCCUCCUGCCCUGCAGCAGAGCAUCUGCAGCUGAGCACACGGGAGGAGGGGGUCUGCAGCCUAAUUUCAAGUCAAAGCAGAACUGCAAUGAAAGUUGUUUUUCUCCUUUCUGUGUGUGUUUCAGAAACAAAUUCUGUUCCUUGGAAACUUUCUUUACCUAGUAAGGCAGAUAUUUUUGUAUGUGUUUGUAUAUAUGUUCACAUUUGUACAUAUGGUCUGGAUGUAAAAGAUGUAUUUAUGGUCUCACGCUGCUGAACAUCUGUCACUUUACGGUCCCUCCCUGUCUCCUCGCCCUGCUGCCAUGGGAGGCCACCGCGGCUCGUUCCCCACUGUACGUCCCAGGUAAAAAGCGCCCACCUCCCCGGCCCUAUGGCUUGCAGAGCCAUCACUGGCCACACCUUCAGAGAAUGGUAAUAAAAUAGAAAACGUGCAAAGAUUCUGUAGCUGUUCCGGUGUAUACAUUAUUUGGGAAAUACUGUGGAACAUAAUCUGCCUAGCCUGCUGUUUAGUCGCCGUUUCCUCCAUCUCCAUAGGGGUUUGGCCACCCUCUUUUGUGUUCUCUUCAUCAUAAAGGCACUUUAAAAUGUCA